UUGUCCGGGCAACUGGCUGCUGAUAAGAGAAACCGAGCCACGCUGAAUUUGAGGUUAGGUGAUUGCCCGAGUGUGCAGUAAGCAUCAUCGAUAACGGAGCGCUGUGCAACCUCGCUUGUCCGUGGCAAUACGAUCUGGCAACCCUGGAGCGGCCGGCAGUGCCGGGGUUGAAUUUCAAGCGCCCGAGGGACAGAGGGGGUCAGGCCUCUCUCUUUUGUAUAGGGGGCACGAGGGCUUCACCGAUGCCUCGGCACAUAACGGUGAGUCGACGGCCAUGAUGCGGGGUUUAUGGCCGGCUGCUCGGUUCUGUUCCCUGCUGAAACGCGCUUCAGAAGAAAACCAGCCUUUCUCUUCGUCUCUUCCUCCUCUCCCUCUUCGUCCCUUCCCCUCCUCCUCUCCCGCUCCCCAGGACAUUGCUGGCAACUCGCUUCAGGCCUACGGGGUUGAGUCCCACUAAGCGCUCGUUCCUCACCACCCAAAUAUUCCCCCGUCUAUUAAUCCAUCAGAUUUUCCUCUUCCCAUGGCCGUUGAAAAUUACGUGAACAGCAAAUUCGCGUGCACGAUCAUGGCUUCAGCACAGCCUUUAACUCAGUCUGAAAAGACGACGACUUCAGUAUCUUCAAUUCAGCUUGUUUCCGAUAACGGGGCUUAUCUUCAGACUUGAAAUCGUAAAGAUAUUUCAAGUGUUAAUUGAAGAUGAAUCGAAACUUUCGUACGACCCGUUCUGCACCGUUGUUCAUGCGCGAUAUACUUGGCGAAGCUUUCAAUUCUUCGCCCGCCACUAAUUCUUCAGAUUUCAAAAUUCUAAAAUUAUCAGUCCCCGUAACGUUUGCAACAUCCAGUAUAAAACGAUAGUCCAUCUGGAAAAGUAUCCAAAGCUUUCGAUUCAACUAAUUUAAAAAAAAAAAAAAAAAAAAAACACUACGUAUGCACGAUUUUAAACGCAGUUUACAAGAAAAGAAAGACAAAAAAACAGACUUGAAUUUCAUGAUAAAUUUCUUGUUUUACGAAAUGAAAAAUUAAUUGUCCGAAUUUUAUUAUUCUCAGGUGUGCCGAGAUUAGUAGAACAGCAGUCGGCGAUUGCAAAGUUCCGAAAGAUUCCCAGCAAGUUUCUUCGUUCUUGCCGUGCAGAAGCAACGACAAUGGAAAGUUACCGAAGCGCAAGCGCUCGCUCGGCACUUUCCACUAGCACACUCUAACCAACUUGUAGCAACUGUUACGGUGCGCCAGUGGUAGUGCUGCUGACAUUGGUAGUGAGCCGUUCGCUAUGGUACUCAUGGACUGCCGGCGAAGCGAGAUCUCACGACGAACACACCAGUAUCAUCGACCAACACACCAGUUCAUCGAAUGAUUAUACAGCGGCAUACUAUCGCAAGGCAAAGCAUGUGGCGUACUGUUGUACGAUAGCGUAGGGGUAUGCUAGGUUGCAAAGAACGUUCGUUCUUUUACGUGUGCGCAACAACGUAGCGAAAAGACAAACCCUUACGCGAUAUAUAUAUAUAUAUAU